AUGUCCUCACCCACCCCCAAACCCCACCCCAACCACCGCUCCAAAACCCACCGCCUCCGCCUCCACAAAGCAACCCUAACCUCCACCGCCACCCAAAAGCACCCAACCCUCACCACCCCCAUCAGCAAAGACGUCCUCGACCGAAUCCAAAAAGCCUUCACACGCGGCAAACACCACGCGGCCAACGAAUCCGAAGCCAAAGCCGCCAUCUUCGUAGCCACCAAGCUCAUGCGCCUGCACAACGUCACCCACGCCGACAUCCUCGCCAACGACACCUCCACCAACAAAGAGAAGUACGGCGGCAGCAGUGAAGUCUCCAUCACGCACACCACGCCCCUGAAACUCGUCCGGCAUGAGACCUUCGUCCCGAGACUCGCCAGCGCAAUGUGUACCUUCUUCGAUUGCAAGUUUUAUUCGACGGAGCGACGAGUGGCCAUCGUGUACACGUUCUAUGGAAUCGCGGAGAAUACGGUGGCCGCGGCGCAGGGGUUCGAAAUGGCGCAUAAUCAGAUUUUGGAGUGGGCAGGGGCGUAUAAGGGGGGGUCGCCGACGUUUGGGUAUCGGUUGGGGGUGGCGGAUGGGCUUGUGUCGAUGGCGUAUAGGGAGAAGAGGAGGGAGUUGAAGGAGGUGAGGAGGAAGGAGUUGGAUGUGGUUGCUUCGAGGGAGAGGGAGAGGGAGGAGAGGUUGCCCUGGAAUGAGGAUCCGGAGAGUGAGGAGUGGGGGUUUCCGGUUGGGGGGGUGGAUAUGGAUUCGGAUGGGGAUGGGAAUGGGGAUGGGGAUCAUGAGAAAGCUGAUUUCAAUGAAGACGAUGAGAAAAUCAUUGAUCUUACCGGAGAUGUCGAUGAGAAUAUCAGCAAGCUGGUGAAGACGGAGGAGCCGGAGAGGUUUAACUUCGCUGAUCUGCCUAGCAUGACGGUGAAGGCUGAAGCCGAAGUGUCUUCGCCUGCAGCUGUCAAGAAGGAAGAGCCAGCAGCCUCUCCAUGGGCAUCAGAGAUGCAGUUGAUCAAGUUCCGGGCUUCGUCUGUGCAGGUUGCAGAGGAUUAUCUCAAGGAACAUAACAUCAAGUUGCGGCGGGGGAAAUCUCGCAAGAGAGUUGUUCAAGACAGGGACACUUAUCAGCAAGGUUGGAAGGAUAGUAAAGAGGUCGAGUUCCGCUGA